UUUGUCGUUCGCAGUCGAAUCCUAAAUCCUUUUGUCCGAGCUUCAACACGUUCUGAGCAGAGCGGGACCCUAGAGUACUCUCAGAACAAUCGAAGAUGUUGAGAGUGGCUGGAAGGAAGUUGACUUCUCUCUCAUGGCGGUCGGCUCAACUAUCUCCGGCUGCCGCUUACUUAAGCAGCAAUCCAAUUAACGGCAUCGAUUCUUGCGAUAAUCCGACCAAAUCCGUCUCGUCUCCCCUCCAUUUAUCCUCUACUUCCGCUUUCCUCCAUCAAAUUGUUGGGUUUUCUUCAGGUUCGAUUGCCCCAGCAGCACAUGAGAUGGGUUUAAUCUCAGAUUUACCAGCCACAGCGGCAGCUAUCAAGAAUCCUAGUCCAAAGAUUGCAUAUGAUGAGCACAACCAUGAGCGUUAUCCACCUGGUGACCCCAGCAAACGUGCAUUUGCUUACUUUGUUUUGACUGGAGGCAGGUUUGUGUAUGCCUCAUUGCUUCGUCUUCUGGUUCUUAAAUUUGUGUUGAGCAUGUCUGCCAGUAAAGAUGUUCUUGCUCUUGCAUCCCUUGAGGUUGACCUAUCCAGCAUUGAACCGGGGACAACUGUCACUGUUAAGUGGCGUGGGAAGCCAGUUUUCAUCAGACAUCGAACUGAAGAGGACAUCAAAUUGGCGAACAGUGUUGAUAUUGGUUCCCUUCGUGAUCCACAGGAGGAUGCUGGCAGGGUUAAGAAUCCCGAAUGGCUUGUGGUUGUUGGGGUUUGCACCCAUCUGGGGUGCAUCCCACUACCAAAUGCUGGUGAUUUUGGUGGUUGGUUUUGUCCAUGCCAUGGUUCCCAUUAUGACAUUUCUGGAAGGAUUCGUAAAGGACCUGCACCCUUUAAUUUGGAGGUGCCCACCUACAGCUUCUUGGAAGAUAAUAAAUUGAUGAUUGGAUGAGAGUUUAAUUGAUGAUAAUUCUUAUAUCUGUUUAUUGAAAUGAGCCUGGGAAGCCAGAUCUACUGUCUGGACUCUUUUUAUUUUUAUUAUUUUUAUUAUUAAUUUAAUUUAAUUUAUUUAUUUAUUAAUUAAUUAAUUAUUUAUUAUUUUUUUGGGUACGUGUUGUAUUCGCCCUUUUAUAUUUCCUUGCUAAUUACGCUUCAUUUGACAUGAAUUUUGUAUUGAGGUUCCCGAACGUAGCCCUACUCUUUUCAAUAAAACUGGCUUCUUGUUAUA